CGGCGCCCUCCUGCCACAGCGCCUGCCGCUUGGAGGACGCAGACUGUAUCGUGACGCGUCCGCUCCUCUCCUCGGCAGGCACCAUGUUCCUGACCGCCCUCCUUCGGCGCGGCCGCAUUCCUGGCCGGCAGUGGAUCGGGAAGCACCGGCGGCCGCGGUUCGUAUCGUGGCACGCGAAGCAGGGAAUGAUCCGGCGCCUGGAGAUCGAGGCGGAGAACCACUAUUGGCUGAGCAUGCCUUACAUGACUGCCGAGCAGGAGUAUGGCCACGCCGCGGCGCGCAAGGCCCAGGCCUUUGAGGCCAUCAAGGCGGCCGCCACUUCCAAGUUCCCUCCGCACAGAUUGGUUGCAGACCAGCUCAGCCAUCUCAAUGUCACCAAGAAAUGGUCCUAACCCUGAGCCGUCACCCCUCGAUUUUGUACGUCACGGGGCUGCCCUGUCUGCCUGCUCCUGGAACUGAAAGACUAGCCUUCCUAUAAUGUGAGCGUUUGGACCAAUCUUAUUAAAAGGAACUUGAGCGUG